AUGGUUUCAGGCGAGGACCCCGGGAUUUACCAGUCGGUUACCUUGCCGGUGAAGCUGGAGCAUGAGGGCACGCAUCAGACCGAUGAGGCGUAUUCGGAGUUCUUCAAUGACAUGGGCUUCGUGAUUCGUGGUCGAACCGACGAAGGCCAUGAUGUCCAUCUCUGGUCUUUCAUGUACCAGCAGCGAGGGGCUGAGAUUAUCGUUGACGGCGAUGUCAGCCAAUCGCUCUUUAUUGCCACGAAGUACUCCGAUGAGGAGAAGCUGACCAUGCACGACUCGCCCUACGUCAACAAAGGCCAGAACAUCGAGGACUACGCAAAGCCGGGUACGAUCAAAAUCGCGGAGGGUGGGCCGGAAACCACAUGGACGCACACCGACCGGAAGUAUAUAUGCACACCACCGAACUGGCGCGUUGAGGGCGAGCACGCUGGAGUGCAUGCAGAUAUCAAAUACACCGAGUCUUCGAAGGGCUUUUUCCAUCUAGGCCCUUUUGAGGGUCUGAAAAAGGAGGGAGGUGUUGCCGGGUACGUUAUGCACGGCAAAGCCGAAGGCACUCUCACUGUCAAGGGGAAGGCGUAUAAGUUCAAGGGAUACGGCGUCCACGAGCGAAUCAUCCAGAGUGGUAUAGUUCCAGACAGGACACAUUACAUGGGUGGCCGUGGACUAAAUUGGAUGCAUGGCUGGAGCGAGGACUUCUCGUGGUAUUGCUUCAAGGGAGAUGUUGGCGAGAAGAACUUCACUGGGGUGAUCAACAUCAAGGGCGAGUCUUUCCCUGUGCAAGGAGCUAAUGGUGGUAUCGAGGAGACGCUGUACUGGCUGGACCCAAAGAGCAAGCUGCAGAUCCCGUACCGGUGGAAGGUAUGGAUGGAGACUGAGAAAGGGAGGCUUGAGUCGACGGUGUACGGAUAUGCUCGGGGGUAUUAUACCUGGAUCCGGAAACACGGGACCAUGGUGGUCAACCAGUACCAGGCUGAUUCCGAAUCGAAGUUUAUUCUCAAGGAUGGGACCGUGAUUGAAUCGAAACAGAUAAAUAUGAUCGAGCACAUGCGGACGAUGUACCGACAGCCUGAGUAGUUUGAGUUAGGGAGGAGAGUAGAAGGACGCUACUAGUGUUUGGGCCCUUGGAAGAUGAGGCAACCAAUCCUUGUAGUCUACUACUUAAAGUGAAUAGUAUCUGGCAAGUAUAGAAUAUUCCACACUGUGAUUCGGAAGAAAGCAUUGCUCUUGCGCCAUUGACUAUUAUGUGACUGAUCGUCACCAAACUUAUUGGAGGCUGUGGGAACUAGACCGCUGAAAGUGACGAAGAAGGAUAGUGCAGCAGAAAUGGAAAUCGAAAGAGGAGUAUGAGAGGGUUGUGGGAUGUCAA